AUGAAGUUGUUGUCCACCGUCUUGGUACUAUUGUGCCUUGUCGCGCUAUCCAAAGCAGCUGCUUUUGAUUGCGAGGCUUUAACUUAUGAUCAAUGCUCCAAGUAUCCAACCAAGUGUUUUGGUAUCAAGGGAAAACAUUGUUGCCCUGGCUCUGAUGAUGUGACGGCAUGCCAGACAUUGACUCCAGAAGUGAUGAGCUGCACACCAAACCCUAGACUUUCAAAUUGGUGUCUUGCAUCUGAUGGUGACGUUCUCCAGUUGGACGUCAACAACUGUCGUCGUCCAGACGGCUCGUUCAUCCCACUGAACGACACAUGUGCCCGUGGCAAGUGUCCAGCAGGCUUCCAAUGUGUUGACGAGGCAGCCUCCACCAGCUGCAAGGCCAACAAGCGUGCCGCCAACCAAUGCUGCGGCUUCCGCGCCAAGUGUGUACCCAACGACAUUCCAGAGGACCCCUCCCCCGUCGGUACGAUCGACCUCCCCAGCUCAGACAACUUUGUCUCCAAGACCUACCCCAAGGGCAUGGUCAUCCCAACAUGUUCCUCGCUCAAGUGCCACGACUCACUUCGCUGCAUUGAGGAUCCGACCAGCGGCGCAAGAUGUGUUGCCUCCUGCAGCUCAGUCAAGUGCCCCAACAACACCAAGUGCGUGGAGAUCACCUCGGGCCGUCUGUCAUGUGUGUCUGCUUGCAGCAAGAUGAAGUGCCCAGUUGGCACUGAGUGUGUUGACGAUCCAAAGCAGGGCGGCAAGUGCCAGCCACUUACAUGUAAGUCACUCAAGUGUGACCCUGGCACCAAGUGUGUGGACAAUGACAAGUUGGGCGCUACAUGUGAAUCUCUGUGUGCCAGCAAGGUCUGUCCCGAUAACUUUGCCUGCGCCAUCAACGACACGACCAACCUGCCCUGGUGCCGCUCGACCCUGGACUGCACAAUGGUGACCUGUGACGAUGGCAUGGAUUGCGUUGAGAACGAGGUCGAGGGUCCAUACUGCCAGAAGCCCGUGCCCAAGUGUGCCUCUGUGACCUGUGACGAUGGCAUGGUAUGCAUUGAGGAUAGCUCCGAAGUUGGCACACGUUGUGUGUUCACCAACUGCUCGAUGCAGACCUGUGACGAAGGCCAGAUAUGUGUGAUCAACGCCAGCACUUCACUCCCACAAUGUGUACCCAAGCCCACUUGCGCCAACACUGAGUGCACCAACGACACUUAUUGCAAGGAGGAGGAGGAUGGCCCCAAGUGUGUGCCCAAGCUGAGCUGCUCGCUGAUCAACUGUGGCGCCGACUUCCGUUGUGUGGACGACCCCGAGAAGGGCGCCAGCUGCAUCCAGAAGAGCAUCCUGUCGUGUAGCGUCAUCAAAUGUCUCGCGGGCUACGCAUGCAUCAAUGAUCCGGUCGAAGGAGCCAAGUGCAGGAAGAGCGCCACGCCAACGACGGCCCCAACCAAGCCGCCCGUCACCCCCAAGCCCGCCACCAAGCUCGACACUGGAAGUGACAACAGGACCUCAUCCGACAUCUGUAGGGAUAUGUACUGUCCAAUUGAUACUAUCUGUAUGAAUGACGAGUCCAACGGCGGAUGGCUGUGCGCCCCAGUUCGUGAAUGCAGCCAAUCCUACUGUAAGACUGGCUUUGAGUGUUUUGCCGACUCUUCUCGUGUUGGCAGCUGUCGCAGGAUCACCUGCUCCACAUUGAACUGCCAGCGACCAUUAAUAUGUCACUCGACCAAGAAUGGAGUUCCAGAGUGUGCCGCCCCCUCAUAA